CCUAAAGCAGCAUGAUGUCUGGGGUGGCUCAGCCCUCUCCGUGUCAUGUCUCAGUCGGGCUGGGAGGCAGAUCGGCAGAGGAGGCGCAGGGAGAGGAGCUCUGAAGCCCGGGAGCUUGGGGAAGCGAGUCGCCACCGCUGCAGCCUGAUCCGGGAGAGCGCCAGCCAGGGCGACCAGGAGCCAGGGGCGACCCCGGGGGAAUCGGGCGCUAUCUGUGGGGACACCAUGCCGGCCAUUAAGAAGGAGAGACUGGAUCGGGAGGAACUAGCCCUGGCAGCCUUUAACCAGCCCAUGGAGACCAUCCCGGGCUACCUGACUGCUGCCAUCCCCGUGGUGACCCCUCACCAGCCGGCUUACGAGCAUCUCUUUACCCCCCACCGUGCCUACCUGGGCUUGCAUGAGCCCCACCACCCCCCGCUGCCCGAUGACCUGAUGCUGGAGAGGUUCUCCUCCAUCCCGGACUUCCAGCCCCUGUUUGACCAGGGGGAGCCCUGCAUUGAGGUGGAAUGCGGGGAGAACAAGGCUUUGCUCUACAUCCAGAAGUUGUGCCAGGGGAGCAAGGGACCCUCUAUCCGCUACAGGGGGGACUGGUUAACCCCCAAUGAGUUCCAGUUUGUCAGCGGCCGGGAGACUGCCAAGGACUGGAAGAGGAGCAUCAGACACAAAGGGAAAAGUUUGAAGACUCUUAUGUCCAAAGGAAUCUUACAGGUACAUCCUCCAAUCUGUGAUUGCCCUGGGUGUCGAAUUUCGUCUCCAGUGAAUCGGGGUCGCCUUGCUGAAAAAAGGACCAUCCCGCUCCCACCUAGCCGGAUCCCCAAAAAGGAACCCUGCUCCGUAUUCUCCCCGGGGGACGACAGUCAUAAAGGAAAUGUAGAACACCCAUCUGUAAAGCUGGAAGAGGACCUACACAUCAGUAUCAUGAAAAGAAGGAUACGGGCGCACUGGGACUUAAACAUCUCCUUUCAAGACACCUCUUGCAGCCGUGAGAACGACCUGUCCAGUAUCAUCUCCAACCUUCAUCAGAACCACCAACUCGUAAUGCCAGAGAACCAGACCAAGAGAAAUAGUCACCAGCUCAACUACCCAUCUGCAGACGACUUUUUAGGAAAGAAGAGGGAAUGCUCUCCCAAUAGUAACAGCGAGUGCCCACUGGAAAGCAAGAAAGCCAGAAGUGAGUCUCCAAAGGAAAACUCCCAGACUCCUCUGUUGGAGGAGCCGCUGGCUCAAAUGACCCCCGAGGAGCACUACAGACGCAUGAUGUCAGCCCUUAACGAGCAUGGAAGCUUUGAGGAGCAGCAACAGCGCCUGUACCAGCUUGCAAACUCAAUGGCAGUGCCGAUGCACAGCGAUUUGCUCCGGGCUCGACAAGAAGUGGCAGCUGCCGUGGUGAGAAAUCCAGGGGCCAUGGAAGCUCAUAUUCCAUCAUCCAGUAACUCGUCAAGUCAGCGAAGGAAGCAAGGCCUACCGCAACAUCGAGAUACCUCCCACUUCACGGACAGGGAGCUGUCUCAUCCACCUCCAUUAUUGUCACCGCAGAACGCACCUCAUAUUGCUUUGGGACCACACCUACGACCUCCUUUUCUUGGGGUGCCGUCAGCUUUGUGUCAAAAUCCAGGUUACGGGUUCUUGCAACCUGCACAAGCAGAAAUGUUUGCACGGCAGCAGGAAAUGUUGCGAAAACAAAACUUGGCCAGACUUGAGAUGUCUGCAGAAAUUAUUCGUCAAAAAGAACUGGAGAAUUUGCACAGACAGCGACUUUUGGCAAGUGACGCACUGAACCUUCAUCCUGGUUUACCCCCUGAUCACCCUGCCCUCCGGAAUAUGCACGAACUUCCUGAGGGUCACCCUUUACGAGAAGAGCUGUCCCGCAGAAAUGCCAUGCUUGUUCUCCGACACAACAACACCCCUCUACUGUCCCUCAACCACCAAGGUGUUCCUGGUGUGCCUCCUCCUAAGGAAUCUAGUAGUGCAAGGAGAGCAAGUCGAAAGGCUGCUAACCACCGGGCCGAGUCACAGGGAAACCAUGAAGCCAAGGAACUGUUGGAUCAGCGCAUGCGAGAGGGCACAUCAGAGGGCAAUGAUGAGGAGAUGAAGGAUUCAGAGAGUGAGGCAGAGGAGAAGAAUGAUAGUCUCAGACCUGAGCGUGGUGCCUCCUCUUCUCAUGAACUUCAGGAGGGCAAAGACAACCUUAAAGGAGGGGAAUCUGUAAAAGAGCAAAGUGAUUCUCACACAAACCAGAGUCUACCAUGCGGGCCUUCAGAGUCCCCUACGCACCUUUUGGGACCUGGAAUCGGCAAAGGUGAAGGAAAAUAUUUGCCCUCAAGCACAAUGCCUCCACCUCAGCAACUUCCUUUUGGAUUUCCUUAUGCUGUCAACCCUUAUUUCCACUCAGGUGCCAUGGGGGGGCUCUUUAUGGAUGGUGAGGAGAACGUGGUCCUGGAGGACCUCAGUAAAUGGACAGUGGAAGACGUGUGCAGUUUUGUGGGCAGUCUAUCUGGCUGUGCAGAAUACACACAGGUAUUCCGAGAGCAUGGGAUUGACGGAGAGACCUUGCCUCUGCUGACCGAAGAGCACUUACUGAAUAACAUGGGUUUAAAACUCGGCCCAGCAUUAAAGAUCAGAGCACAGGUUGCCAAGCGUAUUGGACGGGUUCUCUAUAUGGCGAGCUUCCCUGUGGCCUUCCCUCUUCAGCAUCCUGCCUUGCGACCAGCAGACAGAGAACUGGGGGCCGGUGAGAUAAGGCCUCCUUCUACAGGCAGCGCUGGUUCUCCGUACGCCAGCUCACUCCUGCCUCCUAGUCGCAUUUCGCCAAAACAUGAGAACGGUGGCUCAUCCUACCUGACUGAAUCUGCUAAAUCGCUCUCUUAGCUCUGCCUAUUCACAUACCUGGAGUGUUUAAACGCCUCGUAUCUGGAGCCGAAGCUUUGAACAGGAAGGGAUCCUUUGCUUCGGGGCAGCUUUCUUCCCUUCAGCUGCUUGAAAUAAAAAAAAAAAACUGAUAAUGAGUAAUCUGCAGGGUCUUAAAAAGGGACCUAAACAGGGAGAACUUACGGACACCAUAACAGGUCAAAAAUGCCCCGAGGCUUCUGCAGGUGAAAGACAGAUAAAUAUAUGUAUGUAUAUAUUUUUAUUUCCAUUGAGACCUAGUGAAGAGAAGAUCAAAAACUAAAAAUGAGGGACUGCUAGGAAAUCAGAAAAUAAUGGACAUUCUAGGAGAAACAUCCGAAGUUGUGGCUGUAGGAUUAGAAUUAAAAGGAAAUCAUAAACAUGCUUGCCAUAAAUGACAACAAUUUCCGUAUCACUUCAAGAUCAGGCUAUGUAUCCAGAUGGAAACACGCAGGUUAAGAGUGUUGGAACCGUCGCGAGGAUUCAUUUCAGGAGAGAGAGCAUGUUAUCAAAGAACGCACAGCAACCACUUUUCAGCAAAAGCUUUUUAAGGUGUGGGUUCCCUAAGCCUAUCCUUCCCUAUGCAUUUCCAGCAACCUUGAUAUUGUACCAAAGAGAAGCUGCACUGCCUGAUCUCUGCAGUGGGUGCAGUACUGGAAUUUAGCUCCCUCUUGGCCUGUGCUGCUCAUAGGGAUUUUAAAGCUUAUUUGGACCUGGCAUUCAUGUACCUGUCGACUUCCACCCACAGCAAAAUAAGGACGCUUGACAUGAACAUCACAGACUUAUCAAUGUUUUCUCAUAGUCGUUGGCUGGGUAUACACCUGCGGAAGAGCCGAGAGUUUGCGUUUGUGAGAGGAGGAUGUUCUGGAUGAGGUCAUCUGCUUUGGACAAUCUUUAAGCUACUCCUUGAUGGAGUUUGCACCGAAGAAGUUGGUUGAGGCAAACAUUAGCUAUUGUGAACUCUAAUCAUGAGCAAUGGAUAGCACUGUUUAAUGCCUGCUGUACUACUGUGAAUGGAUGGAUGUGGCCCUCGCCCAUGAAACUAACCCUGUGCAACAGACAGAUUUGGUACUCACCCUUGUGUUUUUUUAGGGUUUCUCGUUUUGUUUACACGUUGCACGUUUCAUCCCUUCUAUCCAUCCUCCCUCUCUCACAUGUUAAUUUCUUUUUUUGAAGAAAAAUAAAUGGAAUAGAUAAGCGGUACAAUUAGCAAUUUUUGUUAAAUAAAAAUAAGGAAAAGAAAAACAAAGCUCUUACCAGAUCUUCAGAAAAUGCUGCUCGGC